GCGCGGUUAAGAGUUGCCAUUCUCAAUCAAAACAAACCAGAAGCCAAACAAAAGUCAAUCCUACUAAUUAAAUUUCGUAUUGUGUCUCCCAGUGCUGUUUUUGUUUCAUGAUUUCCCCGCUCUCGAUUCAAUUGGAUUUAGCCACGGGCCAGCAAUGGGAUCACAAGAAUCGCGCCCCGCUCCGGAAAAUCCCGCCCCCACAUGAGGAUGGACUGGAGGAUGAAAUCGCGGGCGCGUCCGAUGAAUGGAGGCGUUGGCCAUGGGCGGGCCCGGGUGAGCUGGAGCUGUGGAUUCGGGGCUCCACCCUCACGUGGACGCUCAACCAACACGUACGAAAAGUUCUCAGAGUGGAUGAUCGGAUCCUGUCGGCCUUUCCUUGUCGAUUCUACGAUUACCCCCACCGUCCCUCCAUGACUCUGGCUGCCCAUUGGGACGAGGGCUUGGACAACCUGGGGUCUUGCCACGAGGCCUUGACCAUUCUCCAGGAGGGUCUCUUACGGGUGUUUUUCGACAAUGGCGAGGACUUUCUCGUCACGCUUCCCUUUCCGGUCAAACAGUGCUGGCCUUGCAAGUUUGGUGUCCUUAUUGAGCGGGAUGUGAAUGUAGGUGGUCUGGCUUUGCCCACUUGGUUUGCCCUGCUUCACCCUUUGGAGGAUUUAUCCCGAGUGGUCACAAAGUUGAAAGGGCAACUCAAGGAAGUGACCAACGACAGUCAUCAAGUGAUUCUGGUCGAAUCCGAGCCGUCUCUUUGUCUCACCUUUCAUAAAUAUUCCGGCCAGCAUUACCUAUGGCACAUGCGCGGGGCCUCUGCCGACGAAAUCUCAGUGGCCGAGAGUACGACCUUCUUCCAAGGCCGGGAUCGGACCUCCAUUUCCGGGUUCCAAGGGCCACAGCAUCACACUGCCAAUCCUUCGCGGCAUCACAGUUCGACGUCGCAUCGCAUGGACUCAUGUCCACAGUCUCCAUUCGGCACGAGCCGUACUCCCACCAGCUCCGGCUACUCGCAAAGUAGCUCUGCCGCCUCCUCGGCUCGUAACACGCCCAUUCCUCUGCCCAUGAACAGCUUGGCUAGCAUCGUGCGAUCUCCGUGCUCGCCCAAAUCGAGCAUUAUUGGACGAUCCCAAUUGCAACAAUCCACACUGAUGGGGUCCUUGCCUCGAAGGAGGUUCCAGCAGACCCCAGGUGUGACCUUGAGGGAGGAUCCCGGGGUUCAGGACAGCCACGUGGUCUCCUUGGACGUGUCCUUGUGUCUGGAUCAUGCUUGGACUGAACCGCCCAGCAUUGCCAAGCAGAACAAAGGUCGACCCGCCAGCCAUGCCUUCCUGGCUACAGACACGCUGCAGGAUCAGUAUUUGUGUUAUCUUCAGACACAUCUGGAGAAGCUGGCCAUGAUUCGGAUUGAGAGGAGAGCCUCCGACGACGAGUUGGCCUUCGGGGCGGUGAAUCACAUCCCUGCCUUGGAUGCAGCCCCCAUUCCGGCCUUGGACAUGAUCCUGAUCUUGGACCAGAACCGCUCCAUGAGCCUUUACUCGGGUCAGAUCAAGGUCAGCAAGGUCAUGUUUGACUACUGUCCACAGACCAGUCGAGCUCUGCCUCAAUUGGCCAGAAUCGCGCAUGAGAUCUCCUCCCUCAAUCUGGAUAGCCAGCCAGGCACGCCGGUCAGCCUGAUGACCUCAAGUCGACCUCCGUCCACGUCCAGCACGCCGGUGCCUUCGGAAUUCAACGAAUCCAUCUCCACGCUCUCGCCCGUGUUACCAGAGGGACCCACUAAGGUGGUCCAUCUCAAGGACCCGGUUCACAACCAUGUGACCUUGGUGUGCCAGACAGGUCAACAGCUCAGAAUGGAGCUACCCUCCAAUUCAUACUGCCCGAUCGUUCAACGCUGUCUAGAAAGUGUGAGCGGUUGCUUGCCCCGGGAUUGGGCGGUCAAGCUCCAGGCCAAAUGGUUCGCUACACGAAACGCCCCCGGACCCACCAGUAUGAACCCCUCCAAAGAGUGGAAGCUCUUUGCUCAUUGCUUGCUUGGAUCCAUGGGCUACCAAACGAGCCAUUUCACGCUCUUCCCCAUUGAUCAGGACUUUGACUCGCUGUCCCCAACCUUGUCUGUGGGCGUAGCUCACAAGAAGGUCCGUUUGAUGGACCAGGGCUCGGAUGGAGACUGGGACUUCCUCUUGAGGUCGGAGCACCAUCAGGAGUCCGGACAACAGUUAUCCUUUCUGUUGGGGAUGGAUCCGGUGUCCAGAUCGGAGAAUCGGGAUCUGCCGCCCGAUCGAUUCGAUGGACUCAUGGAUAUGAGUGCCGACUUUUUCGGGCAUUUGCCUCACAUCGUAUUGGCAUUGCAUCUAUUAUAUGAGGAACUAAAAGUGUCCAAGGAGUUCGCCGAUGUUCUCCCUUAUUUGGCGGGCUUAUUGGUUCGUCUCACAGCUGACCUCAGACUCUCCUCCUACGUCCGCCUGUAUUGGUCAGACUACCCUCAAAUCUGUCCAGAGAGCCUGAUCGAGGCUCAGACCCGUCAAAUGGACUCGGUCCGUUGGAAGAAGCUCCAGCCCUUUUCUUUACCUCCGAGUCCUCCCAAUAUAUUCAUUCUCUGGCGUCAGUUGGCUCUCGAACCCAACUUCACCGGCAACUCCGAUCCUCUAUUCCCUUUGCUCCAGGGGCAAAUGGCCAAACUGACAUUGAUUGUGUCGAUCCUCAUGGACAACCAAACCUGUGCUAACGCCAUCCUCCACAUGAUGGCCAAGAAAGGGAAGAAGAACAAGUCGCCACUCUCGGGUCUCUUGACCCAACUCAAAAACACCUCAUUUGAGAGGAUCCGGGAGCCUCUGCAGUUCCUUGAGCUCCUUUGUAAGCUCGGCUUUGACAACAACACACUGAAUACCUUACCGGAAUGCAUCUCGAUUCCAUUGAGGGCGUACAUCACCCAAUGCAAACUCUCACUUCCGCCCACCGCCUCCAAAGAGGGCUGCCUCAUUCUGGGACGUAACGACGUCCUAGCCCGUGUGAAUGAUGCAAAGACCCGCCCUAAAAGACCCGCACAAGAAGAGGUGCAGGCUUUAUGUUGGUCAGAAGAUCACCGAUUGAGUGAUGCCGAGGCCAUGCUGGACUCGGAGAACCCAAUACCGAUCACGGUCACCCAAAAACCCGACAUCUCUGAUCAUGAAUUUGUUGAGGAACAGGAGCGAUGCCUCUACGCCAAAUGUAUUCGAACCAUGGCUUUGCCCGUUGGACGGGCCGCUUUUGCUCUCAACACCACCAAUGCAGUCAUGUCUGAGCCCGUGGAAAUCCCAACCCUGUGUCUCUCAGGUCGCGCCCCUCCCCGAGGAUCCGCUGUCGAAAUGGAUCACAUCGAAACGGUACCAAACAUGGAGAGAUGGCCCAUGUUCCACAAUGGCGUGGCUGCCGGUUUGGCUGUGGACACAUUGAAGGUGGAUGCCACGUGGAUCACUUUCAAUAAACCACAUGAUAUGGUGUCGGUAAAUGGGGUGAUUGACAUGACUCAACAUGCCGGAUUCCUGUACGCCCUUGGGUUGAGUGGGACAUUGUCCAAACUUGGUAAACUCGACUCCUAUGACUACAUGAUGAAAGGCAAUGAAAUGAUUUCCAUUGGGAUUCUCCUUGGCAUGGCUGCGUCCAAGAAAGGCUCCAAAGAUCUGAUCGUAACCAAAAAAAUAUCCACCCAACUCACAGCACUAUUGCCGCCCUCAGCCACCGAGCUGCCACUUUCACACGCCACCCAAAUCGCCGCCCUUCUCAGUUUGGGGCUGGUUUAUAUGGGCACAGGUCAUCGAUAUAUUGCCGAAGUGUGUUUAAGGGAACUUGGCCGACCCCACGGACCCGAUCUGGAGAAUUGUUCCGAUAGGGAAAGCUAUUCUCUGUCUGCUGGACUGGCUCUGGGUAUGGUUACUUUGGGCCAGGGGUCAGGCUUAAUGAGCGGGCCCUUGGCCGAUCUUCAAUUGGCAGACAGUCUGCACCAUUUCAUGAUCGGCGGGCCCAAGUCUGCGGUGGCCGACAAGUUUCGAACCACCAAUGUUUCGCAGACCCUGCAGUUUGGAGACAAUAUCAACAUGGAUAUUAGUGGUCCGGGGGCCACAUUAGCCCUGGGUCUUAUGUUCUUUGACUCGGGAAACCACGCCAUUGCCAAUUGGAUGGAAGCUCCCGAGAGUCAGUUUUUGCUGGAGUUUGUGCGGCCAGAUUUUCUGAUGCUCAGGACCUUGGCCAAGGGCUUGAUCCUAUGGAGUGAGAUCACACCGAGCUUGGAUUGGAUCGAAAACCAUGUGCCCAAAGCCAUCUUGCCGUUUUGCAUGGUUCGCCCUGUGGACAACCACCCGUCUCACGUGGAUUAUGAAACCAUCAAUCAGGCCUACUGCAACAUCAUCACUGGAGCGGCCUUGAUCAUGGGGAUACGAUUUGCAGGGACUUGCAACCAACAAGCUUUUGAGGUUCUCUUCGACCAAACUCGGCGAUUGGUGGCCAUUUCAAAACGGACCAUAGCUGAAUUGGCCGGACGUGCCACCAUCGAGCAAUGCAUCUGCGUUCACGUCCUAGCUCUUGCCAUUGUCAUGGCCGGUUCCGGGGAGCUUGAAAUUCUAAGGCUGAUCCGUUACUUACGCUCACGUGUUGGUACCAAACAUCCUACCGUGACUUAUGGCUCACACAUGGCCUUGCAUUUAGCUUUGGGUCUCCUCUUUCUGAGUGAGGGCACCAUGACACUGAAGACUAGUCCCGAAGCGGUGGCUGCCAUGGUGUGCGCGUUCUACCCUAAAUUCCCCACUCAUUCCAACGAUAAUCGCUACCACCUGCAGGCCCUUCGACACUUGUACGUCUUGGCCACGGAGCGCCGACUCUUAUUGCCACAAGAUGUAACCACUGGAGAGGCUGUGUAUGCCAGAUUCCUGGUCAAGUACAAAGACACGGAGUGGUAUCCAGGCUUUGAGACCCUUCAACGGGCACCUAUCCUCCUACCCGAGCUAAAGAAUAUCCAAUCCAUUCAGCUGCAGGAUGACCGCUACUUUACCCUCGAGUUCGACGAAGACCACAUAUCCCUUUUGGAAUCUGUCCUGAAAGACAACUUUGGACGAUUGCCGAUCAAGCAACGUGCAGGUUGUUUGUCCCACGUGGAAGACCCCUUGGGGUUCAAAUCGAUUGCAGCUCAAUGUCUCAGCAUGGACCCCUCAUUUCAAUGGCACUCUGCUGGGAGUACUCUCCUGAAGACCUUCUCCUCUGACCCAAAGGUCAAGUCUUUCCUACAACUGCUCAUCUCGCCACAAGGCCAAUCAACCCAUCACCAAGGUCACCAGGACAUGAAGAAGCUCCUGGUGUCCCUUCUUUAUGAGUGCUGCAGCCAUGAGAAGAUGGAGCUCUUGCCUGCUUGGUUGGAACUGUAUCGGACUGCUGUGUCACCGGAUAAGUCGCUGUUUGGGCCAACCAUGUCCAACUUCUUACUGUUCAUUGACAUUGCCAAGUACUGCAGACUGAGUCUUGUGCCGGAAGUUGUGGUAUCUUGGCAGCAAAAGAACGCGCGGAAUUUGAACGCUCUCUUUCAAAAGGCGCAUGGGCCAAGCGCCUUCUUGCAGGAAAAAGUGUCACGGUAUUCAUUUCAGUUUUCACAAGUGAACGACAAGAAUCCUUUGAAAGUGUGACAUGUUAUACUAAAAUAGAUAUUCUUUUUGUUACAAAAA